AUUUAAUAUUGAUGGUAGAGUCAUAACGAGUCCAUUUUUAAGGUUUGUUAGGAGCUACUGCUUCUCUCAUAUCUACACUUGCUGUCUAACCUUUAGAGGUUAUUAAAAUGGUCAUGAUUGUUAAAUCCAACGCGAACAAUUAUAGAUUAACAAGUGCAUAUGGAUCAGUUGAAUACAUACUUAUAAAUGAAGGCUUGAAUGGAUUUUAUCGCGGCUUGCGUAGAUUUUUUAAGCUUUACAUAAGGCCCUGCAUUAGUCAGAAAUAUGAGCGCUGGUUUCCUAUAUUUUCAAAUGUUAUCCUAUGUUACAAGUGAAAACCGAAAUGUCUCUUAAGACUUUCUUGCAUCAUUUUUUGCUAGAGGGUAUAAAUUAGAUGUUAUAUGAAAGGGUUUCCAAUUUUAUUACAAAUCCGAUUUUACUUAUAGAAACCCGGGCUGAAGUUCCUGGAUAUUAAUACACUUCUUUAUGGAAGACUGCAAAUACUAUUGCUAAAUAAGAAGGACUGAUGAGCUUCUUUAAAGGAGGACUUACAUGCUCAAUUAAAGACAGUCUAUUUGCAGGAGUAUUGAUUUAACAUAAAGAUUAGAUCUAUUAUGUUGUUUAUAGAAAAAUGCAUGAAAUAUUGUUAACUGCUGAUUCUGGCUUUUCACCUUCAGUAACUUUUCUUUCUGGAAUGAUUGCAGGUCUUGUUGGUACUUGUGCAAGUCAUCCCUUUGAAAUUCUAAGAGCCAGAUUAUAAACUAAUUAUUAUCAUGAUUAAAUGACUAUCAUGCAAAGAUUUAAAAGUACAUAUUAAAAUGAAGGAUUUAAUGGGUUAGUUAUUGUUACUAUUUUUAGAUUCACUAAAGGUCUUACUCCUAGAUUGGUUAGAAAACCUUUGGCAAAUUCAAUUUCAUUUCUUCUUGUAGAACAUUUGAAUCACAUUUUCUAUGGUACUUAAUUUCACUUUUGA